AUGUCUAUUGCUCACCGCCGUGGACGCGAGUCGAAUCCCAAGGACAAGGCUGCGCUUGCGCGGCGCUACCUUACAUUAGCUACACCCAAGACAAAGCGAAAUCAUGCUGCGGAUGGUCGUGCGUGGCCCUUCUUCCUCUCCGGGAGGAACAGCAACGAAGGAAAGAAUGCCGAAUCCCUUGGGUACCUAGCUGCUUUUCCAGGUUCACCCGGUCAAGAAACUCUCUUCUUGACUUCUCUCGGCCCUGGAAGCCUGAAAGGAACCCGGAAAUUCAGUCUCGAGGCCAUGAUGAAUGAUGAUACGGCACCUUUUACAGCAGGUGGCCGUGGAUCUCAGGCAGAUCAGCGGAGGGCACGCUCCCAAACGGGCGCUGACGGCGACGUUACGAUACGUCAUCCGUUCAUCUCCUCCGGCUUUCUAAUCGAAUGGAAGCCAGAAGGUGAUCCCAAAGGAUACGCUACGGCUUCAGAUACGUUCCACAGGCGCGAGGCCGUGUGUUUCAUGUCUCUUGCAAUUGCAAUCUUCGAUGCUGAUCGCGAUAAUGUCUCUCCCAGUGAACCUCAAUGUCGUGAACACCCGAUUUUUGGACCCGUCCCUGCCGGCGAGGCACGCAGCCACGUAGCCAAUGACACGUCGCCAUCCAACUCUGAUAUCUCGGAGGCGGCCCUGGACGCACACCUACACCGACGGGAGGGGAGGAGGUGGGGACGAAUUGACAGCCAAUCGGCCGGCGAAGAUCACCGAUCAAGUGGUUCCUGGUCGUUGCUGGUGUGGCUGAUCAGCAGCGCAGGCGCUCCUGCGAUGACCACUGAUCGCCUUGGAACACUCCUUGAUUUUUUGCCCACCGCUUCGAAUCCCAGUUACGCAUUUGUGCUCGAGUUGCUUGAUCCUGGAAUGUUUUUUUGCAACUUGUUCUGCGGAGUCUUUUCUGCAGAAACGCGAUGUCGGACCGAGACAGGGGCACCACCAUCAUCCGUCCUUUCAACACCCAUUCAACCCACCUUCCACAUCUUUCUCCCUUGCCUCGGAAAGAUAGACGCUGCUGACGAACCCGAUACCAGUGCAAAACGCUGCAAAACGCUGCCGCCUAGCGUGAACGGAACUGCUGAGUGGCUGACGAACCUCAAGAUUACAUCCGCUGUACUGCGGAAGCGAAUGCAAGUCUUCUGGUCUGAUGUGAUGGUACCUGAGAUGGAGCUUGGGAGACUAAGCCGCGAACGGUCGGCCAUCUUCAUCCAUUGGAACAGACGAGAUUUCCCCUCCUUCUCUUUUGCCAGCCGCCGUUCGCAUGCGUGGGUGAACCGAGAUGGCCAGCAGGAUAAGUUCAUCAAACACUCUCUCUAUUUCUUUGCGUUUCUUGCAAGCGCCGCUGCCAACUGUCAUCGCAUAUCCCGCAUGCAAUGGUCUUCACCCGCAAUGAGUCUCGCAUGCCGACUGACAGCUCACCAGUUUCACCUGCCCUGCUCCUUCAUCCUGACCUGCUAUUGUUGGCAAUCCGGUCCCGUCGGGACUCUCUUGUUUCCAAACACCGUUCGGCCUUCGGUAGGGUUUCCCCCACGCCCACCGGGCUACACUACCUACAGCAUCCGACGCCAUCCGGUCUUGACCCCUCACUUCCAGCUGAUCAAGCAGCUUCUUCCCCCAGGAAAAAAGGGUGCACUUCCUCAUUACCAUCCCUGGCAAGAAUCUUGGUUAGCUCCGAACCACAAAGUCCACAACCCACCAACGGGGGGGGGAUCCAUCAUCCUAGCAAGUUCGCAGCUUGCUCAGCUGAUGUCUUUCCCCUCAUCCUCCCAUCGUGAUGCACCUCCCAAGAACCUCACCAACUUCCAUCUCGAUCUCCCAGUCGCGUCGAGAUUCAGGGAGCGGCCUCGCCCUUCAUUCACAUCACGAUCUCGUAAUUUUGCUGUCCUUUGGAUGAACCGGUCUAAUGGUGGUGGUGGUGUCCGAGUCUCCAAGAAAGCCCAAGAAGCAAUCCGCAAUCAUCUAUUGGAGGUUUACCGCCUGAGCCAAGUCCACCAGACCCGGAGACCGACUCACCUGCCCACGGCUCACUCCCUCCACGCAUCGUCUCGUGAUGAUGCCCAAGAAUACAAGAUCGUUCGGCUUUCUCUCCCAAGGCUGCGCGGCACACACCACGCUACCGUGAUACGGUCCAGAGUACAGCCUUGCGCGUUUCUGCGCCACAAAGAACUUCCAUUCGCUUCAGCCAACGGCAUCCCGUAUCAACGAGGGGCUUUCGAUCCCAAGAAUACAGUCAGGCUAUUCGGUGACUCGACCAGACUAACUGAUGACUCUAUCAGAAGCUACAUGAUGACAGACAGGGUUACUUUCUUACUAUUAUUACCAAAAAAACACGGAUACUCGUUCCGCGGGCGCCCGUACGAGAAGCUGCCAGGCCGAAAACUAGCUCGUUCCCACAAACGCUCUCCGCGCACCCGCCGCCCCUGCACACCUCGCGCAGUCAUUCAGCCCUUUGGAAUCCAUCGAGUCCAAAAUGUCGUGCUCUCGUUCCCAUCAGAAAAGUCGACAAAGUGGCCCGCGGACCCCCAUCAGGACCAUCCUGCCGGGCUCAUACUAUGGGGGCGUGGUGGGAACGAAGUGACGGCAUGGCAAUGCCCCGUCGAUCCCGAUCGACAAGGCUUCUUCUUUUUGGUUUCCCUCGACCGCGGUACCAACUCCCGUCUUGAGACGCUGGGCCUCCUGAAUCUUUCUGUGACAUCUCCGCCACUGGCCCUUGAGUGA